AUGGCCCUGCAGAGCCAGGUGCGGUCUCCGGCCACACCCAUACCCAUGGCCGAGAGCUCCCUCUACCGGCAGCGUCUAGAGGUCAUCGCGGAGAAGCGGCGGCUGCAGGAGCAGAUCCGCGCGGCGCGCGGGGAGCUGGAGGAGGAGAAGCUCCGCGUGGAGCGGCUCAAGAGGAAGUCUCUUCGGGAGCGGUGGCUCAUGGACGGGGCUGAGGGACCCGAGGGACCGGAGGAAGCUGCCUUGCAGGACCCCGAGACCCCCGAGGGCCAAGCGCAGGACCGCAUCCGGAACCUGGAGGACAGCUUGUUCACACUCCAGUCCCAGCUGCAGCUGUUGCAGAGCGCAUCCACAGGUGCCCAGCACAAGCCCUCUGGCCGGCCCACCUGGCGCAGGCAGGGUCACCGUCCACUCUCCCAGCCCACUGCGGAGGCAGGGACUGAAGGUCAGACUGAUCUGAACAAGAGAGCCUCUUGGCCAGCAGAGCCAGCGGGCACAUCCCUGGAGUCCCUGGCCGAGCCCGGAGAUGAGGCCGUUGGGGUUCUGCCAGCCCUGAGGCAGGUCCCUGGGGCAGCAGGGGUCUCCUCAGAAGCCAAUGGCCCCUGCCCCAGACCCAGCCCCCCUCUGGAGCAGGAGCACAAUCAGGGGGUGACAGCAGCAUAUGGGGGGGUGGGCGAAGCCAAAGGAGGGGGUGUGGUAAAGGUGGUGUGGGAAGGGCUGAGGCCUACAGAGGACUGUGCCAGGGGGGCCACGGGCCCAGAGCUGGAGGCGAAGGUAGAGGAGAUGGUGCUGGAGGCCAUUGGGGACAGGCUGGAAGCCAGCCGCCCUGAGCUCCCGUCCUGGGUGAAGGAGGACAGGGGAGUCGUGGAGGUGGUCUGGGAAGGGGUGGGAGGCACAGAGGGCAGUGACUCUGAGGCUUCGGGGGAGGCUGGCAGGGGCCCACCGAAGGCGCAGCCCAGCUCCCCGCAGACCAGCUCCCCGAGGCUGCAGGAGGAGCGAGAGGGAGAAGCUUCUGGAACAGGGGAAGGGCCUCCCAGGGGCAGCUCUGAUGGCUUUAGGCAGGGGGGCCCUGGGGGAGAGGAGGGAUCCUUUAUCUGGGUGGAGAGAGUGACCCUCAGCGAGGAGUGGGAGGAACUUAUGGUGGAAGGGGUGGAAGGGCCGAGGGCACUAGGGAAGGAGGGAGGAGGUGAGAGUCCUCCGGGGGUGGGGAGGCUGGGGGGCGAGGAAACCUGGGAAACGGAGAGGAGACGGGCAGAGGAAUCGCUGGGCACAUGGAAGAAAGGAGGUGAGGAACAGGCAGGGGCAGCGUGGGAAGGAAUAGACACGUCGCUGGCGGCGGAGAAGAAGGGAAGGGAGGAACCCGUGAAGCCAGAGAGGAGGAGAGGGGAGGGGAAUGCGGAGACGGAGAGGGACGGCGGCGAGGACGCUUUGCCAGCAGAAAGCGAGGGAACGAAGGGACCGAUGGAGGGAGGCGAGGAGCCACUGGGAACAGAACAGCGUGGAGGCGAGGAGAAGCUGGAGGCAGAGAAGGACGCUGAGGGGCCAGUGGGAGUAGAAAGCAAGGCAGUUGAGGGGUCGUUGAGGCCUGAGGAGGAAAGGGGAGAGGGAAAGCUCGGGGCGGAUAAGGGAGUCGAGGAAGCACCGGUCGUAGAGAAGAAAGGAGAUGAAGAAAAGCUGGAGGCGACGGAGGAACCGUUGACGACAGAGAGGAAGGAGGGUGAGGGAUCACUAACAGCAGAGAGAACAGGAGAUGAGGAGCCACGGGAUGAAGAGGAAAAAGAUGAGGAAUCACCGAAGGCAGAGAGGAUAGGAGGUGAGGGGCCAUUGGCGGCAGAGAGAACGGGAGGUGAGGGGCCAUUGGAGGCAGAAAGAACAGGAGCUGAGGGGCCAUUGGAAGCAGAGAAGAGCCAAAAGGUCCAGGAAGACGUGAGUCCAGAAGCUCAGAGAGAGUCUGGAACUGGAGAGGAGUGUCAGGCAGAGAAGGUGAGUGAGGCAGGGGCUUCCCCGGGGGCCCAGGAAGAGCUCAGGCCCGAGGAGGAAGGGCCGCAGCCGUCCCAGGAGAAGCAGGAAGGCUCGCCGGAGGAGGAGGAGGAGGAGGAAGCAGCGAAGCCUCAAACCCUUGCCCAGGGCCAGGACCCCUCAGGGGAUGCCACGCCCCUCCUGGCAGAGACCCCAGCUCCUGAGCAGCCCGCCGAGUGCCAGCCACUGCUUCCGGUGGAGGAGCCCAAGGCCAACCCCAGUGCCCACCCCGUGCCCACCUAUGCACCUGCCCAGCAGCCCGAGCCCUCCGCUCCUCCUGAGGGUGAAGAGGCAAGCGGCCCUAAGCAAAAGACGUGCCAGUGUUGUGCGGUGAUGUGA